UAUGUAGCUAAAAAUAGAAUGACAGGUAUUUUCGAAGAACCUGAACCUAAUGGACGAUAAUGGUUUGAGUAUUUGCCCUAUUUAGCUAUAAUAAGAAUGGCAGUCCACACAAGUACAUGUAAACCAAAUAUAGGAGCUGCAGGAUGUACACUGAUAUGCCUAGCAUUAUUCACAGUUGCAACUAAGUGUGCAGAUAUUUCUGAACUGAGACAUCUAAAUGUAAAUUUGACCUUAAUGACUGAUUUGGUCUUCACAAAAACAGUAAGCUUUAGAUGUAGCAGUAAUAAUGGUAACGGAACCUGGUUUGUGUUUAAAGGAUCCAGUCGUGAUGUUCUAUUUCAAGAUAAAGCGAUAGGUAAUGGAUACAAGGAAUCAAAAUUUACCAUGGACUAUUUUUCUAAAGACAGCAUACAAAUAAGUAUAAGAAAGUUUGAUAAAAACGACAUUGAUGUGUAUAUGUGUAGUCACAAAGACAAGUCAUCAAACCAACUGAAUAUGGGAGAGAUUGAAUAUCAUCAAACCUCAGUAAACUUGACAUUAAUGACAGACUUAGUCCUGGAAAAUACAGUGAAAUUAAGAUGUACAAGUAACACUGGUGAUGGAACUUGGUUUGUGUAUAAAGGUCCGGAUCACGAUGUCAUUUUUCAGGAUAAGGCAAUUAGUAGUGCUUACAAUCAAUCCAAAUUUAAGAUGGCAUACAUCUCUACAGAUACUAUAGAAAUUGAAAUCAGAAGUUUUGAUAAACACGAUAUUGAUGUGUAUAUGUGUAGCCACAGAGACAAGUCAUCAAAAAAUCUAGAUAUGAGGACAAUGGAAAUAUAUGAACCUUCGGUUAAUUUGACAUUAAUGACUGACUUGGUCUUUAACAACACAGUGAAAUUAAAAUGUACCAGUAACAAUGGUUAUGGAACCUGGUUCAUGUAUAAGGGAACCAAUCAUAGCGUUCUGUUUCAAGAUGAAGUUAUUGGCAGUCAAUACAAAACAUCAAAGUACAGCAUGGUAUAUUUUUCUCAAGAUAGUUUAGAAAUGUCAAUAAUGCAGUUUGAUACAGACGACCUUGAUGUGUAUAUGUGCAAACAUGAAGGAAAGUCAUCAAAUCUACUAGAUUUAAGAGUUAUAAGGAAUAUAACUGAAAUAACUUCAGAGCAGCAUGAAGCACACACACAUGUAGCAGUUAUAGUAGUGUGUACAGUAGUUAUUAUCAUAGGAAUCGUUGUUGCUGUUAUAUUCAUCAAACGACGUAAUCGAGGUUUAGAACGUGAAAAACUGAAAAAGCGGUUCAGUUGUGGCUAUAACUAGUGUUACCGAACAUUUACCGAUAGCGUUUGUACUGAAUAAGAAUCAGACAGACCAUUCACGGAAAAGGAACGUGAAGACAGUAUAAUUAGAUUUAAAGGAAAAUAGUUCUCCAAGGAACAAUAUUGUAAACCUAUAUAUUAUUGAUAACAACCCCUUAUUACUAGUUUCAGUGUGUAACAUUUUCCUUGGAUGGUGCAGUGGUAGAAAAUGCUUAUGAUGUUAUGAAAUAUAGUGUAAAAGAAAUAGUGAAAUGGUGUAUGAUGAAUGGUGUGAUUGUGUCACGUGUAUAUACUGUGUGGUUAUCAAAAUUCAAAACUAUGCAAAAUAUUGAUAGGAACUGAUUUUUGAUUGAAUACAAUAAUUGACAAUAUGGUGAUUACAAUUCGUUUUGAAAAUAAACCAUUAGGUUUGUAUUAUUACAUUUUUUUAAAUCAAAUUGCAUGACGUGUUAUUUGUGAUGGUAUAGAUAUAAUGUGUAUGGUGUAUGGUGCAAAUGUGUAGUUUGUGUGAUUUAAUGACACAGGGUGUAUGGUAGAAUGGUUUAUGAUGGUGUUCGUUGAUAUUUACACCAUACAAGGACUGUAAUGCAAUUCAAUGAAAUGGAUCUAGCCUAGAGAUGAAAGGUAUAGAAGGUCCCGCUAAAUACCCUGGAAAUAACCAAAGUUUAGCAUAAGUGUGGAUCUCAAAGAAAACUGUUUACAGCUUUUUCAGUAUCAAACCGUGAGGAACUCUAUAUAAACUUAAAUACACAGUUAGGUUUUGGAUAUGCACGCAGUACUACUAUUGCAAUAUUUGCUCUUCAUUACAUCGUGCUUAAAUCUUUGCAAAUCGUAAAACUUUUAAAUCUGUAUCUUGUUGAGUAAAUUUAGACUGUAUAAACACAAUAUGUAUAGUAUUAGCUAAAUUUUGUAAUACUGGAAUAUUAUUAAAUCUAACGAAAUGGAUGUAUUCUUACAUAAAACCAUAAGUUAAACUGAAGCAAUAUUGUUACGUUUUAUUAACUGUGUUAUUGGUGUACUGCAAGAAAUCCAAUUACUCCCUUUGUAGAUGCUUUGUAUGUCAGUGACAUUGGAAUAGAAUCAAUAAAUCAGAGUUGUCCUGCAUUAUGUGUACAUAUUUCAUGAGAAUGCUUAAUAUUUAUUGAUGAAUUAUGCAGACAAUACUUCUUUCUUCAGCUAAACUGUAAACGAUAGUAAAGAAAGGAUAGAUGUUGAUAACAUAUGUUUUGAUUUGUAUUAUUUGUAUAUUGAUAUGUUAAAAACAUUGUUGUCAAUAGAGGUGUUACAUUUGUUUAAUUGUAACUGUAUUUUAAAUGAUGUUUAAAAAUCAUGGUAAGUAUUCGUUUCAUUCAGUCAACAAUAUAGAAUAUACAAAAGAAGGUGUGGUAUGAUUGCCAAUGACACAACUCAUCACAAGUGACAACAUAACACAACUAUAAGUCACUAUAUGGUCUUCAAUAAUAAGCAAAGCCAAUAACCCCGAAAUUAUAAACGAAAAACAAUUCGAAGAGACAACAUUCUGCCUAUGUAAUGUACCAAAAAUAUCUGAAAGAAAUAUGUAACACACAUCAACAACAAUUGAAUUACAGGCUCCUUGAUAGGCACAUGCAGAAUGUGGCAUGGUUAAACAUGUUAGCGGUAUCCCACUCACCGAUACCAGGACAUUUGUGUAACAGUACAAAAUAAGAACGAACUUUAAAAUGAGUAUUUUGAAAGUAAAAAAAGAAGUAUCUCACAUAACGUUGAAAAGGGAAAAUUCAUAAGAUAUAUAGAAAAGCUAGAAUACUUAAUGAGUGCAUAUGAAGAAUUUAGUAAUUUAAGAAUGUAUAUAUGAUUUUACGACCAUUUUUUGAGGUUUUGAAUUUGAAUAUCAGACUUUAAAAUUGUUGAACUUUAUGAACAUGUAUAAUAUGCUCUAAAAAUUAUGUUGAGUUGUGUGAACUUUA